AUGGAAGUAAAUGAAAAAAUAACCAACGACAUCAAGGACGCAGGAGUUUUUUCCAUAAUGGCAGACACAACCCCUGACGUUAGCCAUAAAGAUCAAAUGAGCGUUAUCUGCAGGUACGUAGAUCACGACGGAGCUGUUCAUGAGCGUCUUCUUGACCUGAAAGAAGUUCGAGAAAAGACCGGAGAAGGUCAAGCCACCGCUAUUAUUCAAUCAGUAGACCAAAACGGAUUAGACAACAAGAGCAUCGCUUUUCAAUCGUACGAUUUCACGAACAGUAUGUCUGGAAAAUGCAAUGGUGCACAAGCAGUUGUCUCACGGUUACUCGACAGAGAAGUACCAUACAUACCAUGCCAAGGCCAUCGUUCUAAUACCGUCAAUGAACAUGCUUGUGAAGCUAGUCCAAUAGUAUCCGAGCUAUUUGAUACUCUCCAAGCGACAUAUUCCUUUUUCAAUGGCAGUACCAAGCGGUAUGCUGUCUUGCAUGAUGAACUUCAAAAUGUCGGACAGCACGAGCGGAAUCUCUCCGAGCGAUGUGGAUAUCGUAUGAAGCCGUGAUCGAAGUUCUAAGGAAAAUUUCAAAUGAUGGUUCUGUUGACGCGAAAGGAAAAGCUGCUGCAACUGGUCUGCUGGCUAAAGUUCUCCGGGUCGACGUUGUGGUCAGUUUAAUGUUCAUGAGGAUUAUUCUCUGGAAAACAAAGGUUCUGACGGAAUCACUUCAGAAAGAAGAUUUGAAUAUCGUUGAUGCUUUGGAAGCGUUGGAUGGUACAGUAAAAUCUUUGCAGGACAUAAGAAAGGAUGAUGAGGGAAUUGCAAAUCAGAUUCAAGCUUCAACUGAAGUGCUAUCAGGAAAGGACGUGGAUGCUGCCGGUGAAUUUGCAAAGCUGCAGGUGAAUUUGCAAAGCUGCAUCGGCCACGCAGUCGACCACGCCGUUUGGAUGAUAACCCAGAAUCAGCCGAAUCAUGAACUUUUAUGGCAGAUAAUUUAAAGAAGUUCUUGAUAUUCUAAUCGCACAGUACAAGGGCAAUAUAAAUGCAAGUUUGGAGAAGGUGAAAGCACUUUCCAUAGUCCUCCAACCACCGCUGAGUUCCCAUCAUGUAGAAAAAGAUGUGAAAGAUCUUCUCAACUUAUUCCCGCUUCAAGCACCAGACCAAGCUGCGUUUACUGCUGAAUUCGAAGUUUUUGUUAAUGUGGCUAUGAACGAAGGCAAUACAAAUCCUAUCCAGUCAUUAGCUGAUGCUGCCAAAGAAGCUGAGAAGCGAAAACACAUUUUCCCGUUGACCAGUCAAGUUUACAGACUCGCCCUGACAUCUCCCGUGACAGUGGCAGGAAAUGAAAGAACAUUCAGCAAGCUAAAGACUGAAAACCGCUUUGCGUAA